UAUACGCGAUUUUUUGAGAGAACAGAGAAUGUGUAUGUGUGUGUUGAGUACACGCGAAUUUUAUUUUUGGAUUUCUCCAGUUAUGUGUGUGUGUGCAGAUUACACGCAAAUUAUUGCUGGAUUUCUCCAGUUGUGUCGGCUAAUAUGUUAAAAGCUGUGAGCUUGAUUGAAAAAGAUAUUUCAGAAUUACAACAGUUCACAAAAGAAUCAGCUAGUACAUCAGAAAAUAAUGGUGAACCAACUUUGUUGGAUAUUGUCGAUAUUGAUGAUAGCAGCUCUGUUUGCAGCGUGAACAGUGAAACAUGUACAGAAAAUAAUGUUGAUCUUGAUGAAGACCAAAUCAUCGAGUUGCUUGCUGAAAAUACAGAAGAAAAUACCUAUUGUCUAGAUUAUGAUUAUGAACAAACUGAAAAUAUAUUGAAUGAAAUUCAAUCAUUUCAAAACAUUAGAGACAACAGUUCAAUAUUUACAGGUGUACGAUGUGUGGCUCAUACCUUACAGUUGGCUGUGUUGGACAGUUUGAAAGAUCAUGGAAUUGAAAAACUAUUAAAUAAGUAUUAAAAGUUCGGUCAUUGGUUAAAAAACUUCGAAACCAAACAUACUUAUACAUAAUAAAAAAAGAAAAAUUAAAGUCUCCCAUACUUGACUGUCUAACUCGUUGGCAUUCAACGUUGGAUAUGUUGGAAAGAGUCAAAUAUCUUAAAUUCUUUAUACAGAAUAUGGCAGCAAAUGAUUCAUCAUUUAAAAAAGCAAUCAUAUUCAAAAAAGAUGGACGCGGAUUCCUUAAAACCCAAAGACGUAGUGAAAAUUAUUGUUGAGGAAACCGUCAAGAUUUUAGCUG